AUGGGUACUCCUAGUCCUACCCCGUACCACCUCCAGUCUCCAAGGACCAUCGUCACCAAGAUCAUCAGCAUGAAGCAGCAGCAGCAGGAGCCGGCGACGCCGGAUCCGCCGCCGCCGUCCAAGAUCAUUCUGCAGCCGAGGCGCCGGACCACCCCGGCGAUGUGGUGCGCCGCCAUCGCUGGUUUCGCCUUCAGCGUCCUCCUCAUCCUCGCCGGCCUCGUCAUCCUCAUCGUCUAUCUCUCGGUGAAGCCGAGGACGCCGUCCUUCGACAUCGCCAACGCCGUCCUCAACACCGUCUACGUCGGCUCGCCGUCGUCCUACUUCAACGGCGACAUGACGCUGGUGGCCAACAUCUCCAACCCCAACCAAAAGAUGGGCGUCGUCAUCCAGUCCGGCACCGUCGAGCUCUUCUUCCGGGGCAGGCUGGUGUCGGUGCAGGCGCUGCCUCCGUUCGCGCAGCCGCGGGGCCACUUCACCGUCCUCAACGUCCACAUGCUGUCCAGCCAGGUGGUGCUGCCGCCGGAGGUGGCUGCGGACCUGCUCAACCAGAUGAGGAGCAACAAGAUCCUCUACACCAUCAGAGGGACCUUCAAGGUCCGGGAAAGGUUCUGGUCAUGGCACUACACCUACCGGUUGACCGCCAUUUGUGACCUCGAGCUCACCUCGCCACCCUCUGGAGUUCUUCUUGAUAGGAGAUGCACAACAUCAAAGUGA